AUGAAUUUUAUAAAGUCAAUAUUCUCUAAAUCAUCAACAUCCUAAUUUCAAUAGAAAUCCAAGAAUCAGGCUUCUGAAUUCUCAAUACUUGAUCCACAAUUUACAUAAGUAAGAUUGAGGGAUGCAAAAUUAUUAAUCGCAGACUUGAGAAAACUAGAAUAAGUUCUAAAUUAUCAACCGUAAACAAUUAAUGAACAACUCAAAAAAUGCUACGCUUUGCAUAUCAUCUUGAGCAGUGAUUAAUAUUAAGUUAUAGACAAGGUCGUCUAUUAUUGCGAAUAAAAUCAAAUCAAACCUAUCAGACAAAAUAUAUAAACCAAGACAGCAGCUACUACAAAUAUAAAUUAAACAUGUUAGAUUAUGUCAGAUUAGUAAAUGAUUGCUACAUAAUUUUAAAAUUCAAUGUACCUUAAUGUAUCGGAUUAAUUAUAAUUUUAUGAACAAAUUCAUUAAAAUGAAUCUGAAUUUACCAACAAUUAUUUCAAUUACAUAUAAAGGGUAACUCAAAAUUCGGAUAUCUAUAAUUCUUGUAAAUUCCAUCAAUACCCCUAUGAAGAUGAAACAUUUAACAGGAAAUUAUAAUUUGUUUGGCUCUUCAAAAUUAUAAAUAUGCUUAAUUAUAAACUUGCUUUUAUCCCAAAUUUAAAAUUCCUAUUUAAUUGCAAAACCCAGAAUUCUUUUAUUAUCAGAGAUGUAGCUUACCUAGUGUAUAAGGACUGUCUAUUGGAAUAUGGUUUCUUGAGAAAUGAAAUCUCAGAUAUGGUUGAAUCCUAUUCAUAAUUUUAAGUUAGAGAGUCCUUAUAAUUCUACGAAUUAGUAGUUUUUAUGCUUGAAAUUAAUAAAAAAAUGAAAAUAUUCUAUGACAUGAGAUAGUAAUUCGCAUUAAAUUCCUAAUCAGUUCGAGAUAUUAAAUGGUUUGAGAUUGAUAAAAAAUAAUUAAUUGAGAUAGAACAUUAUACUUCCAAAGCUAAAUUGCUAAACACAGUUUAAUUCAAGAAAAGUUUAAUGGUUCCCACUUAAAAAAAUUAAAUGGAAAAUCUUCAGAAAAUUAUGCUCGACUCAUCCCUUCUGGAAAAUUCAUUUAUGAAGGAACCUACUACUGCCAAAUAUAAUAAAAAAAAUAAUGCUCAAUAAUAUUCUCCCUUAAACUCUAAAUAAACCAGAAUAUCAAAUCAUUCAAGAUAAUUAUCAAAAAAUUGA